AUGGCCAUUGUGAUUGGGGGCCUGAAGGAGGUCUGCCUUGGCACAACUUCCCACACUGACAAGCUGUAUUUGAUGAGGAGGAAGGGGUUUGCGCGCAUAGCAGUGCAAGAGAAGGUGGGGGUCAUCCCUAUCUACUGCUUCAAUGAGAACCAGCUCUUCAAGCACGACCCAGUGUGGUUCCUUCAGUUCUGGGAGAAGGUGAACCGGCACGUCAACAUCGGAGUGCCCUUCAUGCGUGGAGCCUGGAACCUCACCCUGCCCUUCAGACGGGAUCUCUUGGUGGUUGUGGGCAAGCCACUUUUCCCCGAGGAGGGAGAGUCAGUGGAUGAUUUUCAUGCUCGCUACGUCACUGCCAUCACUCAACUCUUUCACAAAUAUACGAGGGGGGUAUCGGUCGCGGCGGCGGGAGGAGGAGCGGGUUUGGCGGGGGAGCAAGGUCAGGGUCAGGAGAAGGGCGAAGGAGGGACGUCCGAUUUUCCUCCGGUGCCCGCGGGCCGGAUGAUGGUUCCCGUAAUGAAAAAGGGCUACGGCGCGUUUGGCGGCGCCACUCUGGAGAAGUCGAAGCUCGACCUCUCAUUCUCCACCGCCAAAACCGGCGCGCAGGUGGAGCUUGGGGGAGGCGGCGGCAACAUCGGUAAAGGAAUCGGGCACGGGGGCGGCGACGGCGGCGACGACGGGGGCGACGACGACGACUAUUUCGGCGAGGACGACGGCGACGACGGCGACGACGACGGGUUCAUCCGUCGCGCGGUCGUCGCGGAAGUGUUUGACCGCGCGUCCGUGCAGGCGGUGCUGGAAGAGUGGUUCCGAACCAUGGCAGACCUUCCGGCAGGGAUCAGACGAGCUGUGGAAAUGGGCGUGGUGAGUUCAGCGCAGGUGGCGCGGCUCAUGAGCAUGGAUGCGCGCCCCACCAUUGCGAGAUUCGUCUCCCGCCUCGCCCCUCCUGAGCUCUCCCGUGCCUUCAUUGGAAGAAUGAUGGCAGACCCGGCCUUCCUCUUCAAACUCGCUCUCGAGCAAGCAGCCACCGUCGCCACAGCAGUGCGUUGGGAGGUGCAGCAGCGGCGCGGGCAGCCAAACGGGCAGAACGGGCAGCAGAACGGACAGGACGGCCAGGACUGGAAGACAAAACUUAAUCAGGAAUGGCCCCUAGCCCUUACCAACGUCGUCACUCUCUCCCUCUGCAACCUGGCACUUGUAUGGUGCCUCUCCCCCUCUCGAUCCUACAGCUCUACUGCCACUAAUGAGUUUCAAAUGGUGCUGCAAAAACUGCCCAAUAAUGUUUUUGAUCGCAGCUACGCGCUCCGGGAAUUCAAGCUGCCCGAGCGGGUGGGCAGUUUCUUCUUCAACGCUGCCCGGCUGAGCGUGAUUGGCUCGGCGGUGGGUGCUGCUGGUGGGGCAGUUUCAAACGCUAUAUUGAAAGGGAUGCAAGGGAGGACGAGGGAAACAGCAGGAGAGCCACAAAAGAAAGGAGGAGAAUUAUCCGGAGGGAGUGGGGAGGCGGAUCAGUAUCAGCCAUCUGUAGCAGUGCCGUCGCCAGCAAAAUCGGCUGUAGCGUUCGGCGCGUUCACGGGACUUUCGGGAAACCUUCGGUAUCAGCUGCUGUAUGGGGCGGACAGGGUGCUGCUGGAGCAUUUCAACCACAUCCCUGUCGCCAUCCUCGGCACCACUAUCCUGAGGGUCGGCAACAUACUGCUGGGCGAGCCAUCCCGCCUCUCCUGGCUCGGGCUGGACAGCGAAUCCGUGCAGCAGGCACAGGCAGAGCACCGGGCCUACCACCGACCCUCGCUUGCAGGCUCGGGGAAGAGGCUCGGCAGCAGGCCCACGUUCUCAUCCCUACUUCAAUUCCUCGGGUUCUGGGGCAGCAAGAGGAGAGUCAAAGGGACGGUGGGGGCGAGGCGGCGUGGUGUGAGGAAAGUGUCAGGGAAGGGGGAAGGGGAGGGAAGAGGUGGUGAAGGUGGAGGGGAGAAGGGGGGGGCUGACCGGGUGGUUCGGAGGAAAGUGAAACGCAAGGUUAGCGUGGCCCGGUAG